CAGUUCACGGUUAUUGGCCCGAACCUACUCGACUGCACCCUCUGCUCCUGUCGGGUUGCUUGAUGACCUUAGCUACCGUGGCUUUGUUCAAGACGUUACGACUCCACAAGCUCUCCACGAUGCACUACAAGCCAAACCUCGAGUGGUGUAUGCUGGCAUAGACCCGACUGCCCCCGCGCUACAUGCCGGCCAUCUCCUGCCUUUCAUGUGUCUCUUUCACUUUCAUUUGCACGGACAUCAUAUCAUUCCUCUGAUUGGAGGCGCUACGGCCCUGGUGGGCGACCCAUCCGGACGAGCAACAGAACGUGAACCAGCGGAAGAAGAGAAGACCCGCUCUAGUGCAGAGUCCCUCACAGCUGCCGUCUCACACUUCUUCGCGCGGGCUCUAGAAUACGCCCAAUCGCGUAUCGUUUUGAAACCAAACCGGUUCAUCGAGAUACGGCCUAAGAACAACGCUAAAUGGCACCGAGAAAUGACGAUGAUGGACUUCUUGCGUGAUGUGGGAGUGCAUGCGCGGGUGAACACCAUGCUAAAUAAGGAGAGUGUGCGAGCGCGACUUGCAUCUCCUCACGGGAUCUCCUUCACCGAAUUCUCUUAUCAACUUCUGCAAGCGUAUGACUUUCACUAUCUGCACCGGAAUUUUGGAUGCACGGUGCAAAUCGGGGGAUCUGACCAGUGGGGCAACAUCCUAGCAGGCAUCGCUCUCAUUCAGCGCCCUCCCCCGCCCAUCGCGUUUGGUCUGACCACGCCCCUGCUCACGACCGCUGCUGGCGUCAAAUUCGGCAAAAGCGCAGGGAAUGCCGUGUGGCUCGAUCCCGAAUUGACCAGUAUCUUCAAUUUCUAUCAAUACUUUGUCCGGACAGCAGACACAGAAGUGGAAAAGUAUCUCAAACUGCUGACACUCAUGUCAUGGCAGGACAUCAAUGAUACCAUGGAGGCUCACAAACUCCAACCGGAACAACGCAUCGCACAGCGACGGCUCGCCUCGGAACUGACUGAGCUGGUCCAUACGAGUGCGCUUCUUCCUUCCCUGGCGCCUGUCUGCUCUGACCAGCGGCAUGCAGAGGCCGGGCUUGCCACCGCCGAGACUCUGACGAGACUGACUUUCGACUCGGAUCUCUCCGGCGUAUCUGCUUCUCAAGUCGUGAAUGCUCUGGAAGGCUCGGGCAUCCAAGUCCACAAGAUAACACGCCUGGAGCUCUUCGAAAUACCAAUCGCGAAGCUGGCUGUGAGAUGUGGGCUGGCCACAUCGGGUGAGGUAACCGCCAUGACAGCUGCUGCGAGAAUUCUGAUUCUCUCACGAGGGCUUUAUUACAACAACAGACCGGUGCCGGAAGUACACUUUAUGCUGAAAGACUUCCACCUGUUGGACAACAAAAUUGUGAUCCUCAAAGCCGGGAAAGACAAAUUGGCUGUUCUUGCGCUGGAAGAUGCAUGA